ACUAGGCUGACGGCCGAAAGGCCGAGGGCAACCAAAGCAGGCUCAGCCUCCACCUCUUCUAGCUGCUCCUCCAAGGGGCUGGUCAGCGGCGGCUCGGACCGCGCCGGGCAGAGGCCCCGCGGACCGCGCGUCGCCAUGGGCUCGAGCUGGAGCAGCGAAGAGGAGCGGCAGCCGCUGCUGGGGCCAGGACUCGGGCCUAGGCCCGGGGCUGCCUGGAGAAGUCGCGAGGCGGUGGCGGCGGCUGCGGUGCUGCCGGCGGCGGCUGCGGUGGCCCCGGGUCCCGGUCGUGUGUACGGACGCCGCUGGCUGGUACUGCUGCUCUUCUCUCUGCUAGCUUUCGCGCAGGGCCUGGUCUGGAAUACCUGGGGCCCCAUUCAGAACUCAGCUCGCCAGGCCUACGGCUUCUCCAGCUGGGACAUCGCCUUGCUGGUGCUGUGGGGUCCCAUUGGCUUCUUGCCCUGCUUCGCGUUUAUGUGGCUCAUGGACAAGAAAGGCCUUCGGAUCACUGUGCUCCUGACAUCCUUCCUCAUGGUUCUGGGGACUGGUGUAAGAUGCAUACCUAUAUCAGACUCAAUGCUUAAAAGAAGACUCAUCCAUGCAGGACAGAUGUUAAAUGGAUUGGCAGGGCCAACGGUAAUGAAUGCAGCUCCAUUCCUCUCCACGACGUGGUUUUCUGCAGAUGAGCGGGCCACUGCCACAGCCAUUGCAUCAAUGCUCAGCUAUCUUGGUGGAGCGUGUGCAUUUUUAGUUGGACCACUUGUUGUUCCAGCUCCGAAUGGGACUUCACCGCUUUUUGCUGCAGAGAAUAGCAGGGCCCACAUUAAAGAUCGCAUAGAGACUGUGUUAUAUGCAGAAUUUGGAGUUGUCUGCUUAAUAUUUUCUGCAACACUAGCUUACUUCCCACCUCGGCCUCCUCUUCCUCCCAGUGUUGCUGCAGCUAGCCAGCGACUGAGUUAUCGACGGAGCUUUUGUAGAUUAUUAAGUAACCUGAGGUUUUUGAUGAUUGCUUUGGCAUAUGCCAUACCACUUGGUGUAUUUGCUGGCUGGUCUGGAGUUCUGGACUUAAUUUUGACACCAGUACAUGUGAGCCAAGUAGAUGCUGGAUGGAUUGGAUUUUGGUCCAUAGUUGGAGGCUGUGUUGUUGGCAUAGCUAUGGCAAGGUUUGCAGAUUUUAUCAGGGGUAUGCUGAAACUAAUUCUUCUCCUCCUGUUUUCUGGGGCUACACUAUCAUCCACGUGGUUCACCCUGACCUGCUUGAACAGCAUCACACACCUGCCUUUAACCACAGUGACAUUGUACACCUCCUGUAUUCUCCUGGGAGUAUUUCUGAAUAGCAGUGUACCUAUAUUUUUUGAGCUUUUUGUGGAAACUGUCUACCCAGUUCCAGAAGGAAUUACUUGUGGAGUUGUCACUUUUUUAAGUAAUAUGUUCAUGGGAGUGCUUCUAUUUUUUCUCACAUUUUAUCAUACAGAGUUGUCUUGGUUCAACUGGUGCCUUCCUGGGUCGUGUUUGCUCAGUCUUCUCCUCAUUCUGUGCUUCAGGGAAUCCUAUGACAGACUCUAUCUUGAUGUGGUUGUCUCAGUUUAAUAGCACAGACCUGAAGGGGAUUAAAAAGAGAUGAGAUCAAUACUGCGUACCGCACAUUUGCUUGGAAUUGCACAUCCAACAGGAAACAAAAGAAAAGGAGAAGAGAGAGACUUCAUUCAGAGGUUUUGUUAGGCCACAGAAGAUCACAUUAAUUUAACUGCUACUAGGUAAUAUCGCGGGACUUAAGUGGUAAUUAGUGAUUUUUUAAACAAUAUAUAUAUAUACAAAUGGCAUAACUAUGCCUGAUUCUUAGGUUGGAAGUGUGAUGUCUUAUACAUGAAACACUACCUAAACAAUUCCCUCUACGUUUUGUGCCAGUACUAAACUACUGAUUGAUUCAUUAUAAUUGUGCAAAGAAAUAAAGGGUGUCUAUGAUAGGCAGAUAACUCCUUUCCCAAAUCACAUAUCAGAAUAGGAAGAAAUGCCACUAACUUCUAAAGAAAUUUAAACCCUUAUCAGAUUUUAUUAUAAAAUAGCCAAGAGGUAUAUCGAUGAUAGAAAUUAGCCACAUGUACACUACAGUUUUUCUAAUAAAGCCAUUUCUUAUAUGACUCCUUA